AUGGAUGAGAACGAUGCACUGAUUUCGGAGGAGCUACUCGAGACGGCGGCAGAAUUAGGAGAAUUCGAUGUCGUGGUCGUGGUCGUUGUAGUUAUAGUUGUUGAACGAGGGGUCGGUGUCAGUGUGACUCCGACAAAGGCAACACCAUCCGAAGACGAGUAUGAGCCACUAACUGCACUUGAGGAGCUUGAUAAAUCACUUGAUAAAGUACUGCUAGAUGCAGCUUGUGAUGAUGAGCUCAAAGCUGUUAUCGACGAUGUAGUGGACGUCACCGUGCUGGUGACAGUCCCUGGUGUGGGUGUAAGAGUCGUUGCGGUAGUUGGAAUGGUCGCUGUUGUAGGCGUCGUUGCGGUAGUAGGAGUCGUCGCUGUCGUAGGUGUCGUUGCCGUGGUGGGCGUGGCCAAAACCGAGCUGAGCGAUGAGGAUCCACUGCUUGAUACCGAAGAACUGAUAGAAGACGACAGACUACUACUGCUUGAUGAGGACAGGCUGGAGCUAACACUGGAGCUGCUUGAGGAAGAAGUACUCGAGGAUAUUGAGGCAGAAAUUGAUGCGACAUUUCCGAGUGAUGAAGCCGAUGAGGAAAGGCUCGAACUACCCGAAGACGACAUGCUCGAGGAUAAUGAGCUACUUGACGACGAUAGGGCCGAGCUGAUGCUCGAGCUGCUACUGCUGGACGAGGAAGAAGAACUGCUGGAGGAAAUCGAAGCCGAAAUUGAGGCAAGUCUUCCUGACGACGACGCCAAUGAGGAUCCCGACGAGGAGACGCUUGAGCUUGAUGACGAAGAUAAGCUGGAAGAAGAUGAGCUGCUCGCACUAGAGCUACUGCUACUUGACGAGGAGGAUACGCUGCUGGACGAGAUGGAGGCUGAAACCGAAGCAAUCCCCGCGGAUGAUGAGAUUAAUGACGAGACCGAGCUGGAAACACUUGAGCUACUCGACGACGACAGACUGGACGAGGAAGAACUGCUCGCGCUCGAACUGCUGCUGCUAGAAGAAGAGGAUAUGCUGCUCGAAGAAAUCGAGGCGGUGAUCGAGGCUAGGCCUGCGGAGGAGGAUACCGAUGACGAAACCGACGACGAUAAACUAGAGCUGCUUGAAGACGAUGCGCUGCUAGAUGACGAGCUGCUGGCGCUCGAACUGCUACUACUCGAUGAAGAGGACAAGACCGAAGCAGAACUUGACGCCAAAUUUGCCGAGGACGAGAUUGAUGAUGAAACCGAGCUGGAAACGCUCGAACUAGAAGACGACGAUGCGCUACUAGAAGAUGAGCUACUCGCGCUCGAGCUACUACUGCUGGAAGAGGAAGAUGAGAUUGAAGCAGAACUUGAGGCCAAGUCAAUCGAGGACGAAAUUGACGACGAAGCUGAACUAGAAAUACUCGAACUGCUUGAGGAAGAAGCACUUGAGCUACUCGAUGACGAGAGGCUAGAACUGACGCUGCUUGAAGAAGAUGAUGAAGAUGAGCUGCUAGAAGAGACCUGGGCGGAAGAUGAUGCGUCGUCCACGGAGGAAGAAAUUGAGGAAGAAAUUGAGGAAGAAAUUGAGGAAGAAACGCUUGAACUGCUUGAUGAUGACGAGCUGGAAAUACUGGACGAUGAUGAAGAAGAAAGACUCGAGCUCACACUAGAGCUACUGCUACUAGAAGAGGAAGAGCUGCUUGAUGAUGUUGCUGAUGCCAAGCUGAUCGAAACGCCUUCGGUGACUUGGCCGGCUAAGGAUGAAUCCGAGGAUGACAAACUUGAACUGCUAGAGCUUGAAACAGAAGAGCUGCUGCUACUAGAAGCAGAAGAAGAACUACUGCUACUGCUUGACGAUGAGAAUGAGGAGCUACUGCUACGCGACGCUGAAGCUGUGACUUGGCCGGCCGAAGAAGAAUCUGAACUCGAAACACUCGAGCUACUAGAGGACGAAGAACUAGAACUGAGGCUGCUAGAGACCGACGAGCUACUACUGCUCGAGACUGAGGAGCUGAUACUGCUGCUGCUCGAUGACGAAUAUGAAGAAAGGCUGCUGCUGGAUGCCGAGGCCCUAAUUUGUCCCGCGGAUGAAGAAUCUGAGCUGGAAACGCUUGAACUACUCGAGGAUGAAGCGCUUGAGCUACUACUACUCGAAAGUGAUGAGCUACUGCUGCUUGACGCAGAAGAACUGCUGCUACUACUCGUCGAGGAUGAUACUGAUGAAAUACUACUCGAGGAAAUCGAAGCCCUGGCGCUUGAGCUACUACUGCUGGAGAGCGAGGAACUGCUACUGCUCGAAAGUGAUGAGCUCUGGCUACUGCUGCUGGAAGAUGAUGAGGAAGAAAUGCUGCUGGAUGAAACAGAGGCACCCGUGAUUUGUGCAGCAAGAGAUGAUCCAGACGACGAAAUCGAUGACGACGAACUAGAACUACUCGAAGACGAAACGCUUGAGCUAGAACUACUUGACGCUGAGGACGAAACCGAUGAACUUCUGCUGCUAGAUGCUGAAGAACUGCUACUACUGGAUGAUGAUGAGAUACUGCUUGACGAGACAGAUGCAGUAAUCUGGCCAGCUGACGAUGAAGCCGAGGAUGAUAUCGAGGAUGAAGAACUUGAACUGCUUGAGCUCGAAAGGCUGCUCGAAAUCGAUGAACUGGCAGAGCUGCUGACUGACGACGAAGAACUGCUACUUGACGAAGAAAUACUGCUUGAUGAAAUUGAUGCAGUGACUUGGCCGACCGAGCUGCUCGAUAGAGAAGAUGCUGAGGACGAAAUGGAGGAGGAAGAACUAGAACUACUCGACGACGAGAGGCUUGAGCUAGAACUACUCGAUGCUGACGAGCUGCUGCUACUACUCUGCGAUGACGAGAGACUACUGCUCGAGGAAGAACUACUAGAUGAUGAAGCAGAAGCAGUAAUUUGUCCCGCGGAAUUACUGAUUAUGGAUGAUAUCGAAGACGACACCGAGGAGCUGCUAGAGGACGACAGGCUGGAACUGACGCUUGAGCUGCUACUACUUGAUAUUGAGCUGCUGGAACUUGAACUUGACGAGGAAGAAAUACUGCUUGACGCGGAAGCGGUAAUUUGGCCGGCAGAGCUACUGAUCAAGGAAGACGCAGAAGAAGAUGCUGAGCUUGACGAACUAGAGCUACUCGAUGAGGAGAGACUCGAGCUUUGACUGCUAGAUGCGGAUGAGCUGCUGGAGCUACUAGAACUGCUGGAACUUGACGAGGAUGCCGAAAUUGAGGCGGUAAGUUGGCCAGCCGUGUUGCUCGCAAGCGACGACGCCGACGACGAGAAACUUGAGCUGAUAAUGCUGCUGCUAGACGACGACAGACUUGAGCUCAGGCUGGAACUACUACUGCUUGAAAUCGAAGAACUUGAAGAACUAGAACUUGAAGAAACAGAACUUGAAGAAACAGAACUUGAAGAACUGGAACUUGAAGAACUGCCGCUUGACGAAGCCAAUGCAGUGA